UCCCUUUAGCUGUCAGUGAAAGAGAAGACCAAGUGGGGGUCAGAGACUCUCUUGCUAGUUUUAUUCUAUAUUCUAUAAGCAUAUCCCCUCAUCCCCCUGAUGUGUUAUAUAUAGUCGUAAUAUUAACUAAAAAACUGAGUACAAUAACUUCUGUUUGAAGUUGGGGGUGUUCAACGACACCAUUUUGAGUCUUGUUGGGUUCAGAUCUCGAUCGACAUGUGGCUCAGCAAGUCCUCAACGAUUGUAUUGUUAUUCCUAGUGGUGGUCCGUGCACAUAAUUCACGAUACAAGCGUCAAUCGUCUCAAGAGGGAGAAUUGUCGGACAGUAUUUCAAACCUGCAGCAUGCAGACUCUCACUAUCAGUUUCCCUUACCACCUCAGGCCAAACCACGUAACUUGCAAUUGUCACCUGGUGUCCAAAGUAAUGUGAAAGCUAAUGUCAAAACCAUAUCACAGAACAAAUACAAUCAACCACCACAUCAACUCAAUGAUCGACUACAAUAUCAACCUCCUAUCUAUCCUCAGCAGACCAGCACUCAAACUCACAUAAAAUUGCAAGCAUCACCACAACAACAUCAAUAUGCUCCUGAAUUUCAACCACAGCCAUACCAUUCAAACAACUACACUCAGGCUUUCAGUUUUAAGCAAGUAGGCAAAACACAAGGAGUCAGCACUAAUGAUCAAUCGACAAUUAUGCAUGUACCUAAGAAAACAUCUUCUAAGAGACAGCAUGAUACCAUUUCAACUUCCCACUCCACUGAAGUGGUCCUUCAUGAAAAAAUUGUAUCUAUGCAGCAACCUGUCCAAUCUGUGAUCCAGAAACUGCCAGCCUCGGAGAUUGAAUCGAACAAGGGUAUUACUGCUAAGGAUAAAGACAGCAACCAAGAUCAGUACUUAAUUUACUAUUAUUAUUAUGAUGAUGAUAAUAAGACCAACGUAAAUAAUCCAACUCUUAAUUUUGACGAUAUUUCCGAUCUUGAGGCAUAUGAUCAAAAACAAGAAAAUAACCAACCAGAAAAAAGUAACAGAAGAAUUAAUAGCCCACAAAACACCAACAAAGCUUUGAAGAACCAUAGCGGUUCCUCAACGCUGCAACCAGUAACCAUACUGUCUCAAGCCACUGGUCGGGUAGAAAUAAUUGAUGCAUCAGUAACAAGAGCCCCAAAAGCUGACAUGGCCAAUGUUUCUGAGGACUCACUUGUUUCUAACAUUUACCGAUAUGGAAACAAUGUUCCCAGGUUUCCAGCAACACCCAAUCUGGUAGACCAUCCAAUUAAAAAUCAACCAGAAAUAUCCAAUAGAGGAAUUCCAUAUGAUCGCAAAUCUUCCAGUGAUGUGAUACUUCAACCUGAUGGUGAUGUUAACUCUGGUGUUCCAAUAAGUACUCUAUCAUAUACACCAACUCUAUUGGCAAAUGUUGAACCAAGCAGUAAGAGGAAACUUGAAGACAUUAAUGAGAUAGUUGAAACUAAAACUGAGCCAGAAACUACAGAAACACCGACUACUACAACUACUGAACCUACAACUACAACUGAAGAACCCACCACGACAGAAAAACGUAGGCAACGAACAUUUGGUUUUCGUCAAAGAUCUGGUUUAAGAAAACGACGACCGGGAUCCUUGCGCCAAAGGCGACCAUCGUCAACAACAACAACUACUGAUUCUACAACAACCCAUGAAUCCUCAACUAAAAGGGUUAGAUCACGAUUUGGAAGUAGAUCUUUUCGUAGGAGUCACUUACGAUCUUCUUUUCGAAGAAAUCGUUUUGGUCAUUCCAAUGAUGAUGAUGAAGAAGACAAGGAAGAAGAUGAGGUGCAAAAAGAUGAAACAACAACUGAAUCUUCUCGUGGUAGGAAACGCCAACGAUAUAUAGGAUCUAGACGUUAUGGACGUAGAAGAACUUCAAGUCGUAUUUCCACAGAAAAUACUGAAGACACUUCUACCACAGAUGAGGUGGCGAAAAUAGAAACAACAACUGAAUCUUCUCGUGGUAGCAAACGCCGACGAUAUAGAGGAUCUAGACGUUACGGACGUAGAAGAACUUCAAGUCGUACUUCUACAGAAAAUACUGAAGAAUCUUCUACCACAGAAUCUUCUCGUUCUAGGCCUAGUAUCUUUAAUCGUAGAAAAACCCCAAGCAGGCCUCGUCUGCCAUUCAUUCGUGGUGGCCGUAAAAGAUUUGGACAUCAUGACGAGGAAGAGAAAGAAGAAGCUACUAGCUCAUCUUCAGCAACUGAAAAUACGUCUGAGACCACCAUUAGUAUCCCAGCUUCUACAGAAUUUGCAGAUGAAAAAUUCAACGAUAAAAUAGAUACUGUGGAAGAACAACAAACUACCACUACCGAAAAGAAUCGUUUUGCUGGACUUUUUAAACGUAGGAAAAGACCAACUUUAUUUGGAUAACGUUGAAGCUUCUCAAACAGAUCACUUCAAAAAAACUACAACACAAUAGUGAAAAUAUAUAAAAAAAGACUUACAUGUCUAUAUGAACCAGGCAUCUGGAGCUUCAUUUUUAUUAUGUUAGUUUUUAAUUGUAAACUAUCCAUUACAAAAUAGCUUUAAUUAUCUGUGUAUCUAUCAGAGAUUUACGUUCCUGAUGAUUGUUUUGAGGGACUAUUCAAGUGACUUAAUAUUAACAAGAAGCUUAAGUGACAGGAAUUUUUGGUCGCGUAGUUAAAACAGGCAUUAGGAUGCCCAAGCAAUGUCCCUGAAAUACAAUAUAAUAAGACAACUCUCCAUUAAACUUUUAUAUACUUUCUGAUCUCGUGAAAUUUAAUUUUCUUGGUUUUUGGAUUUCUUUUAUACAAAAUAAGAACUAUAAAUAUAAAUCCUUAUAGUUUCGAUAAAAAUUAUGAAUUACGAAGACUUUGGAAUUUUGCGAAUAAAAACCAAAAGUCGC